AUAUAUUGAUUCUGUAAUUUACGUUGUUUGAGAAAGAUUAAUCCCCAAUGGCGAUUAGCAGGAAACGGAAAGCCGACGAACUCCUGUCGUCCCCAGCCGCAGUAAACUGUGCGCCGCCGUCCCCAGAUUUCUUCCGAUCCCUUCCACCCCGGCUGCAAGAACAGGACAACCUCGACUAUUUCGAAGCAUUCCAUGUCAAACGUCGCAAUGUAAUGAAAUCCCCCUUUCAGGAUACGGAGUGGCACCGUCUCCAGCUCGACUACCAGUUGCUCACCGACUUCGUUACCGAUCCCAGAUGCAGUAUUUCCUUCAGCCGUCCUGUAAUUCUUAAGAUGCUGAGUCUCUUCGAGUCGGAGGAUGAGAGGGAGAGGGUCGCAUUGGCUACCCUUUUGAAGGGAAUCUACGAUCGAUUUCCGGAACAUAGAGUCUUCAUCAGGAAAUCAGUCUACGACAUAUUCUACCAAUUCAAUUGUUCCAGUCAUUCGAAGCAUAAUGGGAUUCCGGUGCUGCUAACUUUCUUGAAAAAUAUUGUCGAAGAACGCGAAUCUGUGUGUCUGGAAGACGAGUUUAGGGUUUUUCUUCUCCGGUCGCUAAUCCCCCUCUACAAAUCGAAGUGGCUUGUUAUGUUUUAUCCUUAUUUGAGGAACUGCAUCGCGGAAUUCAUUGUGAAAGAUCGGAAGAUUGCCGAUUCUAUUAUGCAGGGGAUGUUGAGAUACUGGCCGAAACAGGGGAGUUCCAGGGAGUACUUUUUCUUGGACGCGGCGGAGUGUUUUCUUGUGGAGGCGAAGUUAUCCACCGACUUCAGCAGCUCCGUGGUGGGUUUGUUGGAAAAGAUUGCUGGGUGUUUGAAGAGUCUGCAGUUCAAUGUUGCGGAAAAGGCUCUGUCCUUACUGGAUGUCAAUGGAGGGCUUGGAAUCCUGAUAAAGAAGAAUUUCAAGUUCAUAUUGCAGAUUGUGUAUUCGGGGCUGAAGGAAGUUGCUGCUAAGCAUUGGCGGCCUAAAACGAAGGAGUUGGCUUUGAAAAUUAGCACGGCAUUGAAGGCAAUUGAUCCUGUGUUCUACGACAAUUGCUAUAUUGCUUCACUGUUCUGUGAAGAGGAUGAAGCAGGUAUGGAAUGGAUGGCUUUGGCGCGGGAGGAAAGAUGGACCCAAUUGGAAGGGAUGGCGGCUGCAAAAAAGGAAUGGAGUGGAUUGUCCACAAAUUUCAGGCAGGAAUUGUGCGGUUAGGUGUGUUCAUUGGACAUUAGGAGCUUUGUGAGAUUAGGUGUAGAGGGAGCUUCUAUUGAAGCAGCCAAUGUUAGAAACUUCUAGUAUGUUCUCUUGUACCUCUUUUUCUUUAAAUACUGGAAUUUCCACCUGAUUUUGAAUUCUCUACUUGAAUUCUCACUUUUUCACUUUAAUUUGAUGGAGGACAUGGUCAUCCAUUUACUGACAAGGUUCAAAUUGUACUAAUCAAACAAUUUUUUAGCA